ACAAAACGUAAAAUCACAUGAUUGUUUCUUCAGAAAGUAUUAAAUGAUAUCCAAUUUGGAACGCUUACCGACAGAUUCUGCCUUUUCAGCUCAACCAAAGAGUCUCCAGGGUAUUCCAUUGCCUGCUAGGAUACACAAAAAGCUGGAAAAAAAACACACUGCCAUGGGAGAUUAACGGAGAGUGUUUCAAAUAAGAACAUUAAAACUCCAGCUACCGCCAGGAUUUUUUUUCUAAUAUGGCGCAUAACAGCUCACUUGGAGAUACCAAUUCAACUCAAGGACUUAAAAUUGACUGUUUCUCGGUUAAGUGUUUCUUCUCGAGGAGCGAGAGGGUUGGUAUAAUAACCAGCUUCUUUCUGACGUUCUUGGCUUCCUUCACAGGGAACUUCGUCGUAUUUUACUUGCUAACUCGAGCGCGUCACCUGAAAAACUGCACGAGUUUUUCCAUCUUGAAUCUAUGCGUAGCAGAUCUUCUUAUCACCGUUACAUGCAUUCCUCUUCUUACUGUUGAUCUCUACAUCGCAGAUGAGUGGUUAUUUGGAGCUUUCAUGUGUAAGACGGUGACAUUCUUGCAAAACACCGUCCUGGAUGCAUCUGUGCUUAUCCUCCUUACAAUCAGCAUCGAGAAAUUCACAGUUGUUUGUUUUCCCAUCCAGUCCCGUUUCUAUCGCAAGUGGUUUCGCUACAUUGUCGGAGUUUGCUGGUUUGUAGCUUUUAUCGAUGCAGCCUAUACAACAACCUUUAAGACAUUGGUUACAAUCGAAGACAGUGGACAGAAAAAGUGUAUUUUGUCAUACCCUAAAACAAACAAUUUUAGUAAAUAUUACGUGAUUGCGCACUCUGUUUGCUUUUUCUUCAUCCCUUUGAUAUCCAUGGUAGUCAUCCAUGCCAUAACUGUAUCCUCCAUAAGAAGAAGACUCAUAGUAAAGACGAAAACCAACAGCGAUGACGACGUAUGCUUUUCGGCGAAAAACAUUCAUCGUUCCAAGCUACACAAUAAAGGCAAGGUCGUUGUAAUUCUCGUACUGAUAGUUUUAGUGUUCAUGCUAUCCUGGGGCCCGUAUCUUUGCUUGGCAAUAUGGAACGAAUUCACUGAGCCUGCGGCAAGCGACUUUGUCAACUAUUUUAGUACUUUGAACAAGGUCUACGUGUUUUGUGUGUGGAUGGUGUUUUUCAACUCUGUUUGCCAUCCGAUCUUAUAUUGUUUCAUAGGAAGAAAGUACAGGGAUGAAGCCAGAGCUUUAUUCAAUAGGUUCUUUCCUAAGAAAAAUUACAAAAACAGUAGGCUGAGAUUAACCUCGGUGCCAACAACAAAUAACAGAAAGAGAAAUUUCGAAGUGAGUCUUACCUCGCCACAGUAGAGACACAGUCAGCGGGAGGUUACCGAAACUAAGUUAAGUAGUUCAACAAAUCAGAAAGGAUUUUAAACUGGUUCUUAAUGGUACGUUUAGGUGAGUCUUACAGUAUCUUUUGAAUACGGCUCUUUUGAGUUGGCUCGUUAAUAUAUGGCUGAAAUAACCUAGUUAAUUUAAAGUAGGUGAUACCAGCUUGUUAUGUGAAUACACUAAACUUUGUAACGAGGGUAACAUAAUAACCUUACACGUAGUUUUCUAACCUAUGGCCCAUUACUUGAAUUUAAUAUAUAGAUUUAGGCACCUCCUAAAAGCGGAGCCAGUAUGCAUCUAAUAUGAGCCAUACACUUAUUUCAAUAAACUUUGUCAGUGGAAAUAGCGAAUGGCAGUAAGACCAAUUACUGCUUAUGGGUAUAAUUAUUUGCAAGAAUAAGGAUGUCAAGUAAUCUUGUUAUUCACAUUUUCCAACAUUCAGUCGAAAUUUGACGAUUCCCAUGGUAUUUUUUGAUAGCAGAACUUUAAAAUAGGUUGUAUAUACAUUAUUGUUGUUGAUAUGUUGUUGUUUAUUAGGGAAGGCUUCAAGUGUGUUGAGACAGGAUGUUUUCAGGAAAAUUGAAACAAAUACAGCGAAAUGUUUUUUUUAUUCUCUUCAGAAUUUAAAACUCUAUACAUUGCAACACUAUACAUUCUAUAUAUAUCAGAAGAUUACACUAUGUAUUGUAUUUGCGAGGUGAAUGUAUAAGCGUUUUUAGAAGAAAUUGCAAAUAUUGGCCUCUC